AUGAGAAAAAUUGCUUCAAUUCUAAUUCUUAUUUCUAUUACUUUAUUCACAGUAAGAGCUUCAUAGUGUUCAGAAGACAUUAUGAAUUAGAUAAAUAAUGGAACAGUUUGUUAAAGUUCUGAUAAUGCUUGCAAAACUGCAUUAGAUACUUUCAUUAAAUGUGUGUAAGACUGUAGCAAAGAUAUGAGCUCAAACUCUGUUAUUAAAAUUUGCUCAUAGGUAAAUUGCAGCAAUAUUAGUAAUGAUACUGUGAAGGCUCUUUACAACAAAAUGGUUGCCUGUUUUGAUAGUGUGCUUAUAUUCUCAGCCCUCUUUGUUUUAGUCGCAUUGUUAUUCUGA